AUGUAUCUCUCCUGGUCCUUGGGCGUCGCGUGCCUCAUCGUCGCCAGCGUUCAGGCAGCUGUGUCGUCCACUGGCUUCACAGUAUCGCUAACGGAUGUCGACUACUUCCUGCCACCGAAGCCAAUCGCCAAGAUCUCUGGCUGCAAAGAGCUUUCAACCUCGUUCGAAGAUGCCAUGUUUGUGCCGUUCACAGUGGUCAAAGCGCAAGGCUAUGGUGUUGACGUUGCAGCACUUACAGCCAGCUACGCUGAAGAUGACGUAUGGCAAGAGGGCUUCAUGGAGGCGAUAUACGUCCAGGGAAGCGAGUUCAAGCCCAUGAACUCGUCUUUAACCGUAUUAUCCGGCACCUCAUCCAAGGCAUUGGCUCCAGGACCCUACUUCAUCAACGCAGCCGGCCAUGUCUACGAGGCGUGGAGACUCUUCUCCGACGUUCAAGGUGCUUUCACAGAGUCUGCGAUCGCUAAUGGUGACGGUUCAUACUCUGUCUUGCCCGCAGGCACUGUAGGCCAGAAGCAUGCCAUCGCUGUUCCUUCGCGUCUGUAUUACACCAAGACGGCUGAGAAGCCGCUGGCUGGUGUUCGCAUUGGCAUCAAAGAUAUCUAUGAUAUCAAGGGCUUGCGGACUUCAAACGGAAACCGAGCAUGGUAUUGGCUAUAUUCUCCUGCCAACGCGACGGCGCCACCCGUUCAGAAUCUCAUCGACGCGGGAGCGAUCAUCGUCGGCAAGAUGAUCACGUCUCAAUUUGCCAACGGUGAGACUGCGACGGCCGACUGGGUCGACUACCACGAGGCAUUUAACCCUCGUGGUGAUGGCUACCAAGACACCUCAUCCUCCAGCAGUGGCGGAGGCGCUGGUACAGCAUCGUACCCCUGGCUGGAUGUCAGUCUUGGAUCCGACACCGGCGGCAGUGUACGCGGACCAUCCCAGGUUCAAGGUCUUUAUGGUAACCGACCAUCUCACGGGCUUGUCUCCCUCGACCACACCAUGCCUCUCAGCCCCGUGCUCGACACGCCCGGCUUGCUAGCUCGCAACCCGCAAGUCUGGAUGGAAGCAGCACAAGCUAUGUACGGCCCCAACAUCACUAUUACCAGCAACUACCCAACGAGCAUUCAUACUCUCGGCUGGCCCACCGCAGUCGACGAUGUCGCAGAUGAGCUUCUGAUGGACUUCCUGGGCAACAUGACCGAGUUUCUCAGCGCUGAUGCCACAGCGUACAACGUUACAGCCUCCUUUGACGCUGCGAACGCGGAUAUCGCACCCCUCACAACCUUCAUGAACCUUACCUACGCCCUGUUGAUCACCAAACAGCAAACCGAGCUCGUUCGCGAGCCCUUCUACGCCGACUACGCCGCCAUCAACGACGGCCGCUUGCCCUUCGUCAACCCAGUUCCACUAGCGCGCUGGGGCUGGGGAGACAACCAGACCUACACAGCGGAUGACGCCGUAGCCAACAAAACCAUCUUCCAAACUUGGGCCAACGAAACUUUCCUCGCGCCAUCACCCGAGACAUGCUCUAAGUCUCUCGUCAUGUAUGUUGGCUCCACUGGCAGCACCACGUACCGUAACACGUACUGGGAUGAGCCUGGUGUGCCUUUCGGAUUCAGCAAUAGUCGCAUCUCGGUCAUGGCUGAGGUGCCGGAUUAUGUUGUGCCGUUGGGUGAGGCGCCAUAUAAUUCGACGAUCACGGGACAUGUGGAGUACCUGCCUGUUACGGCGAAUUUGAUGGCGGCAAAGGGCUGUGAUGGGAUGUUGUUCUCGUUGAUUGGGGAGUUGUAUGAGGCGGGUAUUCUGAAGGAGAGCAUGGUGGGUAGGAGCGGGGUGACUGGUGGUGACAUACUGUUGAAGAGGGAUGGACUAUGGUGA